UUCACAUGGGUGGUGAAAAACACAGAAGGAAAUUGAGAAACGGGUUGGGAUUGGCGAACAAGACGUGGUUGAGAAAGUGUUGAGAGCGAUGCUCGGAAAGGUGAUAGAUGUUCAGGUGAUUCAGUUGCAGUACUAUUUCCAAACAGUAAAUUCACCAAAAGAGCUGAAGUUGUUGGAUUUAGAGGUCAGUUGGAAUGUGGGCUUGGGCUAAAAGUUCAAUUCCAAAAAAGGAGGCCGGGACGCAAGUGAUAUCUCUGGUUGUGGAAAUACUUGCUUAGUCUUCUCAGGAAAAAUGGUUUCCGAAGGUGAGGAGGAUUUCGGUGGUUCAGUACCGACCGUAUCAAAAUGGCAAGUUUUGAGGGAAAGGCAAUUUAAAGCAAAUCAGGAGCUAAAAAUGAAAGCGAAUGAGCUCGAAAAGCUUUUCGCAGAGCAUAAGCUUCUUGUUUCACAAUCACAUGACAAGAACGCAGCGACUGAGCCUUUGACAAGUUCUAUCAAUACGUCAAAAUUAAGUGUUACUCCACAAGUGAAAGUGUUGGAUAACCAGGAUCACGGUGAUGCUACGACUAAGAAGUUUUCCGAGUUUGGUCUUUCAGAUUAUUGCAGAGGAAAACUUUACGAAAGUUAUAGGCAGAAAAGAGAUUCAAAACUCAGGGAAGAGUGGGGAUCUAAAAAGGAAGAGAAGGAAGCCAAGAUGAAAGCCAUGCAAGAUAGCUUUGAGCAGAGUGCGGCAGAGAUGAAGGCGAAGUUAUCCUCAAAGAGAUAUGACGAGAGAUCCAAAUCAUUCAAUAUUAGGUCAACUAUGGCCACGGAGGUAAAUAAGAUGUUUGUUUUAUAAGAAUGAUAAUCACGGUUCGUUUGUUUUCUGGUUUUAGGAGCAUCUCCAAUCAUACUUUUGUUUCUUCAAACCACAAAGGGC